GGGGGGGGGGGGGGGUACUUACUUAUGUAACUUGGACCUUUCCCAUGCAAAAAAAGGGCGUCUUCUACGUUUUUUAAAUCCUUGUGCUUGAAAACAAACCUUCGAUUCCCCGUUGGCAUCCGGUACAACCUCCUCGAUUUGUCAAGCCCCAUUUGCAUGCACGCGCGUCGUUUUCUGCUCAUUUCCGUUCCCGCCUACGCCCACCCUCUCCCCCCAACACACACAACGCGUGCGCAUUCGACCAGGCUACUAAUCCCUCUUUUUCCUUCUCUCUCACUUUACACAUCCUAUUCCGGGGCCCCGGCCUUUUCACCUUUCUCAAUUCAUGUUUCACACACACACAACCAAUGUUACUUUUGUGACAUGCAUAAUAUUCCCCUCCCCCCCCUCUGCAAAGAGUCACUCGGUGACUAAUUCUUGUUGUCCCCCACCCACCCCAUCAUCCUCCACACAUCCGUUGUCAAACUCAUGCAUCUCCACGAAAACGGAUUUUUGAUGAAUAAUUUUCUCUCUCUCUCUCUCUCUCUCUCUUUU